CACAGACAUUUCUUCCAUUGCAAUAAAAUGCUGCCACUAAUGGAUCUGCAUCACUGGCAGGGGAGGAGCCAGUUUCCAUGGCAAGUGAGAACCAACAAACCUGCUGCAAAUGUUUGGCCUGAGCCGGCCGUUCAUUAGCAACAUCCUUGAGAAAUGCGAUGUGGUUUUGUCCUUUAUAUAAAGGGCUGCACUUUGCUCCAGAUUUUUGACUAAUUUGACAUCACCAUCAGGCCGUGAUCACUGGUUUGAGGAUAAAUUAUUAAUUUUCUUACUAUCGUUCCUUUUUUUAAUUUCUUUAUAUUUUUUCUUUUUGGGUAAAUCGCAGUUUCCCACGUUCUCAUUUUUAACCCAGAUGCUGCUUGUUCUGUAAAAAUUGCUCUUGAGAAGGACUGAUACACCAACGCACAUUCACUAAACAACCGUCCCCCUUUUACCAGGCGCCGUUGUGGAGUGUGUGGCAUGACAGAGCUCCACGAGGCCGUGGCCGUGGGGGACUAUGACCUGGCGGAGGAGAUUCUGAGGUCAGGGCGCUGCGACCCAAAUCACAAGGAUGUCGACUGGCACGACAGGACCCCGCUGCACUGGGCUGCUGUGAAAGGGCAAUCGGAGCUGGUCAAGCUGCUGGUGGACCGCGGUGCCCGGCAUUGCCUGCGGAGUGAUGUGGGCUGGACCCCGGCUCACUUUGCUGCCGAAUCGGGGAGACUGGGGGUGCUCCGCACCCUUCAUUCCCUGCACGCUGCCAUGGAUGCGGCCGACCUCUUCGGCGACACUCCCAAGAGGAUCGCGGAAAUCUAUGGGCACCAGGACUGCUCCAGGUUCUUGGAAAGGGAUGGUGACUCCACCACUGCCCUGGGCAGCCUGUUCCAAUGCCUGACAACCUUUUCCAUGAAGAAAUAUUUCCUGAUAUCCAAUGUAAACCUCCCCUGGUGCAACUUGAGGCCAUUUCCUCUCAUCCUGUCACUUGCUACUUGGGAGAAGAGACCAACCCCCUCCAUGAUACAACCUCCUUUCAGGUAGUUGUAGACAGCGAUAAGGUCUCCCCUCAGCCUCCUUUUCUCCAGGCUGAACAGCCCCAGGUCCCUCAGCUGCUCCUCAUCACACUUGUGCUCCAGACCCCUCACCAGCUUCAUUGCCCUUCUCUGAACUUACUCCAGCACCUCAAGGUCUUUCCAAAGACACCUGAAGCCUGUAUGAUCACCUCACAGCCAUGACACUGCCUAUUGGCAGCCAAGAGUUUAUCAUCAGGGCUCAGGAACCCUUUUUUUAAACCCAACCACUAUAAUUUACAACCACAGUGGACACCUUCACCCUCCUGCAACAGUUUCACUUCCUCAUGUCAGUAAACUUGGCGGCAGCUAGGAGGAAUUACUGGCGUUUGUGGCAUGAUCACAAUUACCUUCUGCUCCUUCGGGUGUGCAGAAGGUCCCAGAGGUGAUGUCCAUGGCCAGGCCGUGCUCCACGGCUCUGGUGGGAGCUGGGCAGAACUGUCCUGUGCUGCAGACAGAAAGCGAAGCGUGUGUCUGCACACCGAUGCUCUGCAGUAGGUCUGCCCGCUGCUCACGGUGUCUGUGGUGUUGGUAUGCAAAUACGAGGGAUAUUUUGUUACCGAGCAUCACUGUCAGUUUUGGAUAUUUGCCUGUCAUGCAAAAAAGAGAGAAAAGGCAAUUUUGAAAAUAACAGUCUGUGCCAAAUGCAGGGCUGACAUGCAUAUCCAAACAGGGCUAUUAGCAUCCAAAUCCUUCCUAAAUCCCGAUUCAGCCUCUUUGAGCCCCCACAUUUUCAUUGCACACUGCGUGUCUGACCCCACAUGUUGCCAUCUGCAUGAAGAUACUCCUGUCUACCUGGGCUGAGCCACUGCUCUGUGCUGAGGACUGUUUGCAUUAACAUGGAAAUAUUACAUGUAUUAACAUGUAAAUAUUAUUAACAUGUAAAUAUUAGGAAUAUUGUGCUACAGAAUAUCCAUACCAGUCACCGAGGUUUGCAUGGACAUGCAAAGGACAGGAAACAGCCUUCAAAACACAGCUGCUUCUGAGUAACAAACACGUAAUUUGCAUUAGAGUUAUUACUAUUUAUCUUUUUUUUUUUUGCACAAGAUGGGCUUUUCCCUGGAUGCUGUGAGAGCCGCUGAAGAUGUUGGUGAGUGGCAUGGAGACCUGUGAUCCAUCCCUGCCACCAGCCUCUCUGCAAAGUGCCGAGCAUUGAAACUGCACAAAAGGCUCCUGCUAUAUAUUAAAAGUGUACAGAAAGGUUUCUUGCCCUUGGUAGCAGUAGAAUGGGAAUAGACUAGACUAGACUAGACUAGACUAGACCAGAAUAGAAUAGAAUAGAAUAGAAUAGAAUAGAAUAGAAUAGAAUAGAAUAGAAUAGAAUAGAAUAGAAUAGAAUAGAAUAGAAUAGUUCAGUUGGAAGGGACCUGCAACAGUCAUCUAGUCCGACUGCCUGACCACGUCAGGGCUGACGAAAAGUUAAAAUGCAUUAUUAAGGACAUUUUCAAAAUGCCUCUUUAAACACCAGUAGACAUGGGGCAUCAACCAUUUCUCUCAAACAUGUUGGUGCAUGUGUAUGUAUGUGUGUAUACAUAGAUACAUAUAGUAGGCCCACACUAUGCAGCACAUCUGUGUGAAGCCACUGGCUUUACUCGGUGUUCUCAGCCAGGACAGCAUUGCUCUGAUGUGACCAAGCUGCUGUAUUGCAGAAAAAAAGGACUUUUCCCAAUAUUCGAUGGUGGUUUUGACAGAGCUCCAUAAAUACCAAGUUCCUACAAAAUCAGACAGUAGGAGGGAAAGGUCCCAUCCAACCCAAAUAAUUCCAUGAUUCUGUGUUGUGUGACUUGGAGUGAAGGAUAGUUUAUCCUUUUGAAAUACCCCAGUGCCUACAAAAGGCAGAAAGUAGCUAUCUAUUUUUUAGUCUAAAGUUACUUUUUUUCCAAAAUAAUUACUGUGUUUGUGUCAGGCACAUGUAAAGGUUGUAAAGAGAAAGUUAACAGUAAUUAAUAGGAAAAACAUUUUAGAGCUGUGAUUAACAAAACCACAACUAAGAUGAUUAAAAAAAUAUAAUGAAAAAAACCAACUACUGCUCAAAGGAGUAUAUUCAUUUUGGUCUUGAUGAAAGUGGUUUUUAAUUUGCUUUGGUUGU